CUCACUUUGUGCAGACUGCUCGAUAGAGAUCAUUUGUUGGCGAAGAACGCAGUUUUAUUCAAAACAACUCUUAGUCGUGUAAAGUUAUGAAAAAUAAUCAGUGGUGUGGCUGUCAGCGGCUAACACGCUAGCCUGGUGCAGCAACAACAACAACGACUGAGCAGUGCUGUCCGUUACGUGCAGCGUGUCAGGAGGAUGUCUGUGAAUGCUCCUCUUUGCAAUUUUGGGAUUAAUCCUAUGGAUAUUGUUGCUACAGUGGAGGAGUAAUACCAAGACUGUAGCAAUGCCCGUGAAAGGAGAGGAAUCUCCGUCCAGCUGUAGUCCGCCUGCAGCAAAGGAGGACGUCUCUGCUGCACAGUCCUCUCGUCCAGGCGGACAGUCCCUGUCAACAGUUCCUGCUACCUCAACAAACAAUGAGGAUCACGGUCCUCAGGACAGCGGUGCCUCUGCGGGGCUUGAAGUUAAAUCAGCGGACACUGAGGCUCUGCAGACGUCCUCCGAGGUAAAUUCAGAGACGCCAUCAUUGCGAGAAACCACCCAGAAACCUUCAAAAGUGCCGAUGCUCAGCUCAGGGCCAGAGGCGAGGGAGCGCCUAAAGUUCAUCCUGGGAGCAUCAGAGGACAACUCUUCAGACGAGGAACCUCUGAUCACCAAACCUCCAAGCGGUGCCUCUCAAACACCGAGCUCCACCCAGAGAUCUUCUCCUCUGCAGGCGUCCUCUGCGGCGCCACAGUCCAGCUCCUCAGGCAUGAAGCCUAGCAUGUCCGGUCUUCACUUGGUGAAAAAAGGACGUGAACACAGAAAGAUGGAUCUACAGAGGGACUUCACCGUGGCUUCUCCUGCUGAGUUUGUCACCCGAUUUGGUGGCAACCGCGUCAUCGAAAAAGUGCUGAUUGCUAACAAUGGUAUAGCUGCAGUCAAAUGUAUGCGUUCUAUCCGUCGCUGGUCUUACGAAAUGUUUCGCAAUGAGAGGACCAUCCGUUUUGUUGUUAUGGUAACCCCUGAAGACUUGAAAGCUAAUGCAGAAUACAUAAAAAUGGCAGACCAUUAUGUGCCUGUGCCCGGUGGGCCAAACAAUAACAAUUACGCCAACGUAGAGCUGAUUGUGGAUAUUGCCAAAAGAAUCCCAGUGCAGGCUGUGUGGGCCGGUUGGGGUCAUGCCUCAGAAAAUCCCAAACUGCCUGAGCUGCUGGACAAAGCAGGAAUCUCAUUCUUAGGGCCGUCCAGUAAGGCCAUGUGGGCUCUGGGGGACAAAGUGGCUUCUUCCAUCGUGGCUCAGAGUGCUGACAUUCCCACGUUACCAUGGAGCGGAUCAGGUCUCAGAGUGGGCUCGGAUGAGGACGAUCAAGUUCUGGGAAACGUUAUCAGUGUUCCCUCAGAGAUCUACACAAAGGGCUGUGUUCUCGACGUUGACGAUGGGCUGGCAGGCGCUGAGAAAAUUGGUUAUCCGGUUGUCAUCAAGGCCUCUGAGGGUGGAGGUGGAAAGGGUAUCCGGAAAGUAGAAAGCUCUGAGGAUUUUCCAAGUCUCUUUAGACAGGUUCAGUCGGAGGUACCCGGCUCGCCUAUCUUCAUCAUGCAGCUGGCUCAGCAUGCGAGACACCUUGAGGUUCAGAUACUGGCUGAUGAAUACGGAAACGCCAUCUCUCUGUUUGGACGAGACUGCUCCAUCCAGAGAAGGCACCAGAAGAUCAUAGAGGAGGCUCCUGCCACCAUUGCUGCUCCCUCAACAUUUGAGCAAAUGGAGCGGUAUGCUGUACGACUGGCAAAGAUGGUGGGCUAUGUGAGUGCAGGUACUGUGGAAUAUCUCUUCUCCGAGGAUGGGAGUUUCCAUUUCCUGGAGCUGAAUCCUCGUCUGCAGGUGGAACAUCCCUGUACAGAGAUGAUCGCAGAUGUAAAUCUGCCAGCUGCCCAGCUUCAGAUUGCGAUGGGCAUCCCCCUUCAUAGAAUUAAGGACAUCCGCUUACUUUAUGGAGAAUCUCCAUGGGGCGACAGCAUCAUUAACUUUGAGUCUCCAGAGUGCAUGCCAAGUCCAAGAGGGCAUGUCAUAGCUGUCCGGAUCACCAGUGAGAACCCCGAUGAGGGGUUCAAGCCGAGUUCUGGCACCGUGCAGGAGCUGAACUUCCGCAGCAGUAAAAACGUCUGGGGUUAUUUUAGUGUGGCAGCAACUGGCGGCCUGCAUGAAUUUGCAGAUUCACAGUUUGGACACUGUUUCUCCUGGGGCGAGAACCGUGAGGAAGCCAUUUCGAACAUGGUGGUUGCUAUGAAGGAGCUGAACAUCAGAGGUGACUUCAGGACCACAGUCGAAUACCUCAUUAAGUUGCUGGAGACGGAAAGCUUCAGAAAUAAUGACAUUGACACCGGCUGGCUGGACCAUCUCAUUGCAGAGAAAGUGCAGGCGGAGCGACCAGACACCAUGCUGGGUAUUGUGUGUGGGGCUUUGCAUGUUGCUGACGCCAGCUUCCAAAAGAGCAUGUCUGACUACCUACAUUCACUGGAGAGAGGCCAAGUACUUCCUGCAGCCAGUCUGCUUAACUCUGUCAGUGUGGACUUAAUUUACGAAGGAGUCAAGUUUUGCCUCAAGGUCGCUCGCCAAUCCCCAACUACUUACGUCAUCAUGAUGAACGGCUCCAACAUCGAGAUAGACGUCCACAGGCUGAGCGACGGUGGCCUCCUGCUGUCCUACGAUGGCAGCAGCCACACCACCUACAUGAAGGAGGAGGUGGACAGCUACCGCAUCACUGUUGGCAACAAGACGUGUGUAUUUGAGAAGGAAAAGGAUCCUACAGUGCUGAGGUCGCCCUCUGCGGGUAAACUUCUUCAGUACCUGGUCAAUGAUGGGGGCCACGUUUGUGCAGGAGAGAUCUUUGCAGAGAUUGAGGUGAUGAAGAUGGUGAUGACGCUGAGCGUGCACCAGUCUGGUUGUGUCCACUUUGUUAAGAGACCUGGAGCUGUUCUGGUGCCCGGCUGUGUGAUGGCACAUAUAAACCUGGAUGAUCCCAGCAGUAUACAUCCGGUGGAGCUCAACACGGCAAUACUGCCACCCCAGCAGCCACUGCCCACUGUUGGAGAAAAGCUUCACCAGGUGUUUCACUGUGUGCUCGAAAACUUGUUUAAAGUCAUGGACGGCUACUGCCUUGAAGAGCCCUUCUUCAGCAGCAAGCUGAAACAGUGGGUGGCUACCCUGAUGAAAACCUUAAGGGACCCCUCGCUGCCACUGUUGGAACUCCAGGAGAUCAUGACGAGCGUGGCAAGCCGCGUUCCUCCCAGCGUGGAAAAAGAUAUCCGUAAAGUCAUGGCCCAGUACGCAAGCAACAUCACCUCUGUCCUCUGCCAGUUCCCCAGCCAAAGGAUUGCAAAUAUUCUAGACAGCCAUGCAGCAACCCUGCAGAGGAAAGCUGACCGAGAGGUUUUCUUCAUGAACACUCAGAGUAUUGUUCAGCUGGUACAGAGGUACCGCAGUGGAAUCCGUGGCUACAUGAAGUCUGUGGUUCUCGAUCUGCUAAAGCGUUACUUGCAAGUAGAGAUGCAGUUUCAGCAAGCUCACUAUGACAAGUGUGUCAUCAACUUGAGAGAGCAGCACAAACCCGACAUGAGUCCUGUGCUGGAGUACAUCUUCUCUCAUGCGCAGGUCUCCAAGAAGAACAUCCUCGUCACAAUGCUCAUAGACCAACUGUGUGGAAGGGACCCCACAUUAGCAGACGAGCUGAUGGCCAUCCUGAACGAGCUCACGCAGCUGAGCAAGAUGGAGAACUCCAAGGUGGCUUUGAGAGCCAGACAGGUCUUGAUUGCCUCCCAUUUACCGUCAUACGAACUGAGACACAACCAGGUGGAGUCCAUCUUCCUGUCAGCCAUCGACAUGUACGGCCACCAGUUUUGUCCAGAAAACUUGAAGAAACUGAUUCUCUCUGAAACCUCCAUUUUUGAUGUUUUGCCCAAUUUCUUCUAUCACUCCAAUCAAGUUGUCUGCAUGGCUGCUUUGGAGGUAUAUGUGCGCAGAGCUUACAUCGCCUACGAGCUAAAUAGCAUCCAGCAUCAUCAGCUGCAGGAUGGAACAUGCGCUGUAGACUUCCAGUUCAUGCUGCCAUCAUCACAUCCCAACAGAGGGAGCAACCCUACUCUGAACAGGAUACCUGUGCCGAUGAGCGGAUCAGGUCACUUUAAAAUGAGGCGGCCGAGCAGUGAGCUCUGCCUGGAGGGAGCCUUCUCUCCACCCUGCCAGCGCAUGGGAGCCAUGGUGGCUUUCCAGUGUUUUGACGAUUUCAGAAGGAAUUUUGAUGAAGUCCUGACCAGCUUUGCGGAACUACUCCUGGAGUGCGCCCCUUUCUCAGACUCCUGCUCCAGUCUCUAUGAGGAGGAGAGCUUCAAGAACACAAGGGAGAACCCAAUCCACAUCAUUAACGUGUCGAUAAAAACAGCAGACACAGAAGAUGACGACGCCUUGGUCACAGCCUUCACUGCCUUUGCACAGUCAAAGAGAGCUGUCCUCUUUGAGUAUGGAAUCAGGAGAAUCACAUUUUUGAUCGUACAGAAGAGAGAAUUCCCCAAGUUCUUCACUUUCCGAGCCAGAGAUGGGUUCCAGGAGGAUCGUAUUUACCGUAAUCUGGAGCCGGCUUUAGCAUUUCAGCUGGAGCUAAACCGCAUGAGGAACUUUGACCUGACAGCCGUUCCCUGUGCCAACCACAAGAUGCACCUGUACCUCGGUGCGGCUCGUGUGCAGGAUGGGGCUGAAGUCACAGACCACCGCUUCUUCAUAAGAGCUAUUAUCCGCCACUCAGAUCUCAUUACAAAGGAAGCCUCCUUUGAAUACCUUCAAAAUGAGGGAGAGCGUCUUCUGUUAGAGGCCAUGGAUGAGUUGGAGGUUGCCUUCAGUAACACAUGUGUCCGCACAGAUUGUAACCACAUCUUCCUCAACUUCGUCCCCACUGUCAUCAUGGACCCCUCUAAAAUAGAGGAGUCUGUACGCUCUAUGGUGAUGCGCUACGGCAGUCGUCUUUGGAAGCUGCGGGUCUUGCAGGCUGAGUUGAAGAUCAACAUCCGCCUGACACCAACUGGCAACGCCAUUCCUGUCCGCCUGUUUCUCACUAAUGAGUCUGGCUAUUACCUGGACAUUAGCUUGUACAAGGAGGUCACCAACCCAAGUUCAGGACAGAUCAUGUUCCAGUCAUACGGAGAUAAGCAGGGGCCUCUGCAGGGCAUGCUGAUCAACACUCCGUAUGUGACCAAAGAUCUGCUGCAGGCCAAGCGCUUCCAGGCUCAAACUCUGGGGACGACAUACGUCUAUGACUUCCCUGAGAUGUUCAGACAGGCACUGUUUAAGCUCUGGGGUCCAGGAGACAAAUACCCAAAAGAAGUGCUGAUGUGCACCGAGCUGGUUCUGGAUGAUCAAGGUCGACUUGUGCAGAUGAACCGCCUGCCUGGAGACAAUGAUGUGGGAAUGGUUGCCUUCAGGAUGAAGAUGAAGACUCCAGAGUACCCAGAGGGCAGAGACAUCAUCGUCAUCUGUAAUGACAUCACUCACAUGAUCGGCUCAUUCGGUCCUCAAGAGGAUGAGCUGUUCCUCAAGGCGUCUGAGUUGGCUCGGGCUGAGGGCAUCCCCCGUGUUUACAUCGCGGCCAACAGCGGGGCACGCAUCGGCCUCGCUGAAGAGCUCAAACACAUGUUCCAGGUGGCCUGGAUCGAUCCCGCUGACCCCUACAAGGGUUUCAAGUACCUUUACCUGACACCGCAGGACUACACACGGAUCAGCUCCACCAACGCUGUUCACUGUCACCAUGUAGAGGAGGGUGGAGAGUCCAGGUACAUCAUCACUGACAUCAUUGGGAAGGACGAAGGUCUCGGGGUCGAGAACCUGCGAGGUUCUGGCACCAUUGCUGGAGAAUCCUCUCAGGCCUAUGAGGAGAUUAUUACAAUCAGCAUGGUGACGUGUCGUGCUAUUGGAAUUGGAGCCUAUCUGGUCCGUUUGGGACAGAGAGUUAUUCAGGUGGAAAACUCUCAUAUUAUCCUGACAGGUGCAGGUGCUCUGAACAAGGUUUUGGGCAGAGAGGUCUAUACUUCCAACAACCAGCUAGGAGGAAUCCAGAUCAUGCACAAUAACGGAGUCACGCACACCACUGUGCCGGAUGAUUUUGAGGGCGUCUUCACCAUCCUCCAGUGGCUCUCCUAUAUGCCAAAGAACAAGCACUCGCCCGUGCCCGUCAUAUCAGCCAAAGAUCCAGUAGACAGAGAGAUAGAAUUCACUCCUACAAAAGCUCCGUACGACCCCCGCUGGAUGCUGGCUGGGAGACCUCACCCCACGGUGAGAGGUGCCUGGCAGAGUGGAUUCUUUGACCAUGGCUCUUUCAUGGAGAUCAUGGAGUCCUGGGCUCAGACAGUGGUAGUGGGAAGAGCACGGUUAGGAGGAAUUCCUCUCGGUGUCAUUGCCGUUGAAACUCGCACGGUUGAGCUCACUGUCCCGGCAGAUCCAGCAAACCUGGAUUCAGAAUCUAAAGUGCUGCAGCAGGCUGGCCAGGUGUGGUUUCCAGAUUCAGCCUUUAAAACAGCUCAGGCCAUUUGUGACUUUAACCGUGAAUGUCUGCCUCUCAUGGUGUUUGCCAACUGGAGAGGCUUCUCUGGUGGAAUGAAAGAUAUGUAUGACCAGAUACUGAAGUUUGGGGCUUACAUCGUGGAUGCUCUCCGUAGUUUCCAUCAGCCAGUGCUGGUGUACAUCCCACCACACGCUGAGCUGAGGGGAGGCUCAUGGGUGGUGAUAGACCCCACCAUCAACCCACUGUGUAUGGAGCUCUAUGCAGACAGGGAGAGCAGAGGUGGGGUGCUGGAGGCUGAGGGCACCGUGGAGAUCAAAUUCAGGAGGAAGGACCUGCUGAAGACGAUGAGAAGACUAGAUUCAGUCUACGCUAGUCUGUCUGAGCAGCUUGCUUCCCCAGAGCUGUCUGAGAAACAGUGCAAAGAGCUGAAGUCAAAACUCAAAGCCAGGGAGGAGUUCCUGUUGCCCAUCUACCACCAGGUGGCAGUGCAGUUUGUAGAUCUCCAUGACACCCCUGGGAGGAUGCAGGAGAAGGGUGUCAUCAAUGAUAUUUUGGAUUGGAAGAAUGUGCGGACCUUCUUCUACUGGCGUCUGCGUCGGCUCCUGUUGGAGCAGGUGGUGAAAUGUGAGAUCCUGCAGGCCAACAAGGACCUCAGUGACGGACACAUGCAGUCCAUGCUGAGACGCUGGUUUGUAGAAACAGAAGGAACAGUCAAGGCCUACCUCUGGGAUAAUAACCAAGCAGUGGUUGAGUGGCUUGAGAAAUAUCUGACAAAGGAGGACGGCACUCGAUCAGGCAUCCGAGAGAACAUCAAGUAUCUAAAAAGAGAGAACACUUUAAAACACAUCCGCAGUCUGGUGCAGGCCAACCCUGACGUGGCCAUGGACUGCAUCAUCCACAUGAGCCAGAACAUCACUCCAUCCCAAAGGGCCAAACUCUCGCAUCUGCUCGCAACUAUGGACAAUACCAGCACCAGUUAAGCUGAAGGUCUUUAACAGGUCAUAUUAUUCAUAAGAUCAAGAAAAAACUCUGUCUGAGUUGACUGUACUGUUCAGGUAAAGAGGAUUAUAGUUGGGGCAAAUCUUUGCAGUAUCACACACAUUCACAAAGUGACUUAUUUCUCAGCGAUCACAUAACCACUACAGUGCUCUGUCUGUUGUAAACAUUGCUGUUGAGUGGCGCCUUUUCAGGGACGUCGUAAUGUGUUCCACUCUUGACUGACAGGCAGAGUUUCACGUUUAUGAGGUAAGCAGUCGGUCAUUUCAGCUACACAGUCCAGGAACUUUUUACAGACUACAACUUUAACGCACAUUUUGUCAGGCUGUAUUUGCACAAAACAGUGUGUCAGUGUUAAAUUUGCCUUAUAGGCUCGGUGCAGACUAUUGAGGCCACAGUUAUACAAGUUUCAUGAAGUCUAAGACUUCAUAUUUAGGUGCUGGUUAUCAGGUAAAAGUAGAGAAUUUAUGUUAAUUUUUGAAUGUGAAUGUGACUAGUAUUGAUCUAUUAUUUGAUCAAUUUUCAGAUAAAACAAAAAGAAAAGCUAAUUUCUGAACCAGAAAAUUAUUAAAUUAAUCAAUUCUUUUUCAUUUCUGCAUUUACUAAAAAUAUGAACUUUUACCAGUCUUGUAAUGCAGAAAUGCAAAUUAAGAAGCAGAUUUAAUUUUUUUUCUAGUAAGUAGUAUUAUCAACAUCCAUCUUUUCAUUUUAUUCUUUUGUCUGUUUGUGAAUCUGCUGUAGUGCUUUGUGUGCAAAGACAAUAGUAUGAAUGAGAGGAGAUAGUGCAACACUGUAUGUGAGCUUUUCUGUAAUUUUUGAUGGUAUAUCUCCAAUAUAAUGCAGUAAUUCUUUAAACUCAGGUUGGGCAAUAAUUGCCACAGUAUUCCCCCAAGUGAGAUUAAAUUUGCCUCAUGUCUGAUCAAAGUCUGAUCAGACAUUACAUGUCAUUUGAAUGUACAUAAACUCCUUCCUGUGUCUUCUAUUCUAACAGAGACUGUUUGUUAAUAAAUGUCAAUGAUAUAUUUUUGGCAAAACAAA